GGAUGAAUCACAUUAACUGAAUUUCACACACAAGAGGUCAUUCAGAAACACGUCCAAUUGAUUAAACCGGCAGUCCACCACGCAGUCAGGCAGCAGGUGAGUCAUCACUGCGUUGUUCACGUGACAUCUCCACAUAAGUGGUGAGCACGUGAACAGCGACGCCUCACCAUCUGCCUGGUGAGCCGCGCGUGCACAUACAACGGACAACACCUACAUAGAGUGCGGCACGCAUCGACAAGCAUCCACCCCUACACCAAAAUUCCCCCGUCUGCCUGCCACCUGCUUGCUAUCUUUGGUCUCUCAUGUGCGCGGCAUCAAUCUGAAGGCCUCCCUGCCGUCCCGCCCCUUGUCGACCCACCCCAAUUGCCCCCACUCGAAGGCAGCCACAUCCUUGCUGAAGCCGUCGUCGAUGGCCACUGCCAGCCCCCACUUUGCCGCCUCGUCCAGGAUGGCCCGCCGCACCACCUCACGCAACUCCAUCUUGCGGCCACCCACACCGCCCACCACAAAGCACUGCAGCUGCGGCACACGCACCACCUGGCCGCCCACAUCGGCCGUCCCGCCCACCACCUCCCUGUUGCUGCUGGCCUGGUACACCGCCGACUUGACGAAGUGCUCUGCUGCCGCACACACACGGCGGGCCAUGUCGGUGUGCCGCACACCGAUGGCCUCACUGAUGGCCUCCUGGGCGGCGUUCAUGUCAAAGAGGUAUGACGCGAUGCGCCAGCCGAAGAUGGGGGCCUCCUGCGGUCCGACGGCCAGCCAGGGGGUCAGGAGGGCCGCGAGGGAGCGGUGAGGGGCGAGAGCGGCGUUGAUGGCACCCAUGACGGCAGCGGGCAGCUCAUUGAGCACUCCGGCGUACUCGGUCAGCACCAACGGGCGCUGACGGCGGACCUCCUCUGUGGCUGUGGGGAUGGUGCUGAUGUCGGCCCCCGCCCGCAGCAGACUGCGGAUGGUCAGCUUGUAGUUGUCACACUGAGCGCGCCACUCCUCCUUGACGUGCUCGGGUGUGUUGGGGUGCUGCAGGUGUUGGGUGCGGCGAUAGAGGUUGAUGGCAGCAAUGGCGAGGGGCGUCCGGCCGGAGUCAUGUAUGUUGAUCUCGGCAGCGGGCAGCUUGCGGCAGAGGUAGUCGGCCACGUGGGGAGAGGCCCACUCUGCCGCUUCGUGCAGUGGCAUCCAUCCGUUGUAGUCGGCUGCCGUCAUGUCGGCCCCGUUCGCCGUGAUGAGAUCCAGGUAGCCGACGAUGAAGGACUGGGGGUAGUGGCCGCGUGCGUUCAUGGCUGCCUGGUACACCAGGCCCCAGACGUCUCGUUGGGUUGCGAAGGUGCGGUCCCGUCGGACGAGUCGCCGAUACAUCGACAGCAGCACCUGGUAGUCAGCAGGAGGGUCACGCAGGGGGCGGGGCAGCGCCAUCACCAUUACUGCGCCGUCUAAGACUUGUGCGUGCAGGUCGAUGUCUUGACGAGCCAUCAGCGGUUCGAAUGCCGUCUUAUUGCCGGAUGCAAUCGCCACUCGGAGGGGCGUCUCCCCGGUCUGAUACUCUGCCGCAUUGGGGUCGGCGCCUCCGUCGAUGAGUGCGGUCAGGACGGCCGCCUGCAGCUCGUCAGACGACCACUGGGGCAGGGCGACGGGACGGUUAUCAUCAUUGUUUUCGGCUUCGAUGGUCGGGACGGUGUAGCCCGACUUGUUGUCGAUGGCGAGAUGGACCAGCGAGUAGGGAACGCCAGCCCACCCGCUGCCCUUCUGCCGCAGCCGAGGCACCACAUGGGGGUCGGCACCCUGCUCGAUGAGGUCGGUCGCGUUCUGCGGGGCGGAGAUGGUGCGGCCGAUGAUGCCCAGCGUCAGCUCCUUGGUGAGGUUGUCCGUGCCGUGGGGGAAUCGAGCCUCGAUGUCGUUGGCUCCCCCGAAGCCGUCAGGCACCUCAACCGUGGUGGCCACCAGCACAGGAUGGCCUGCAACACACACACACACAGCCACCACACGACACACACUGUGAAGGAAUGUGUGUGCGGAUCACAUUUUCUCGCGUCUGUCUGUCUGUCUGUCUGGCGUACCGUCCUCCUCAUAGCUGUCGUCGUCCUCAUAGUCGUCGUCGUCGUCGUCAUCGAUGCCGUCGCCCAGCCACCCGUCGUCAUCACUGCCAUCCUGCACACAACAAAGAGGAACAGGGAGGAAAACCGCUGACGCUCGUCGCAUGGGGCGGUUGGUGCUGUCAAUGAGUGACUCACCGAUUCGGAUUCGCUAUCAGCUGCCGCCUGUAGACCUUCUCCCUCCUCCUCGACCAUCUCGCCGUCCUCCUCCUCACGCAACAAAUCUGAAACGAAGGCAUACCAACACAUUCGUCAACAACGCGAGAAUGAGUGUGCUACUGGUGUGUUGAUCAGUCUGUGUGGCGUGCCGUUGACUCACCCCUGUCAGCGCCAUUGUCGUCUUGCCCGUCUGGCUGCCCGCUGCCAUUGUUAUCCUCCUCAGCCACAUCGUCUGCACACACCAUCGAAGGCACACACACACGUGUGGCGCUGAUGCUGUGUGUUUGAUGUGUCACAUUCAUCUGUGUGUGGCGUACCCGCAUCGCCACCGUCACCGUCCGCCAUGGCAGCGGAGGCCAUGCGGCUGUCGUGACCUCCAGACAUCUCACUCCAACACACACCAACAGCUGCACCGACCACACACACAGAGAGGCGACAAGAGAUGGGCAGACACCUGCUGCAUGUGUCGUGUGUGUGCUCGCCCACCUAGCUAUGAGUCAAAUGGUACAAUGACGCUCAAUCUGUCCGCCCCGUCACCAAGGCCGACCUGCACAACACGACACCGACACACAGAGGCCGCAACUCACCUGAUGACUAGUGGCGAACGAAUCGCAUCUGCGCGUACCGUCGGGUGGCUCUCUCUUCUAAGCGCCGCGAUGAUUAAUUCCCCAGAGAAGGCCUCCAGCGACAGAGAGGAAGGAGGCCCUUCUGUCCGAGAGAAAUGUCAGAGUGAUAGCCAAACGGAUGGGCGGAGGGAUGGACGUGACAUCAGUGAGUCCCUCCCUUCGUCACUUUCAUUCCCUUCCUCCUCUCUCU